GGCUAUGGUAGGCCCAUUUUAUCUCUAAAAUAAAAAAAAAACAAACGUCACAAUGGGAAUGCAUUGGCCGUUAUUCUCUCAGCCGAACUUUUCCCGCGCCGAGAGAAACCUAUUAUUCGAUUUUCACCACUUUUCUUUUCCUUGCUCUCUGCUUCACUUCUCCUUCUUCAUUAGUUUUGAACUCUGAAAACAGAGUCCAUGAUCGUUGUCACAGAUGCAAGAAACAGAGGUGAGUGCCAGAGACAUACACAUAUCUGAUGGUUCCGAAGAAGAAGAUUCAAUGCAACCUGAUCUCUUUCACGAACAGCACAUCUCAAACAAUGAACAAAUGGUUGAAGCGUUUCGUAACUUGCUUCUCCUCCACGGCCAGUUACCUGCAAAGCACGGAGAUCGCAAUACACUUCUCAGGUUUCUAAAAAUGAGGGAUUUUGAUUUGGGGAAAGCCAAAGAUGCGUUUUUGAACUAUAUGAAGUGGCGGGUUGAUUCUAAAGUGGAUAUGAUCUCUAAGGAGUUUAAGUACGAGGAGUACGGUGAGGUGAAGAGGCAUUACCCUCAUGGGUUUCAUAAGGUAGACAAAAGUGGUAGGCCAAUCUACAUCGAGAGACUAGGGAUGGUUGACUUGAACGCGUUUUUGAAAGCAACCACCAUUGAGAGAUAUGUUAAGUAUCAUAUCAAGGAGCAAGAGAAAACGCUGAGCUUGAGGUAUCCGGCGUGUUCGAUUGCUUCAGAGAAACAUGUUUCUUCUACCACAACGAUCUUGGAUGUCUCUGGAUUGGGAAUGUCAAACUUUUCGAAAUCUGCAAGAUCUCUCUUCAUGGAGAUUCAGAAGAUAGACAGCAACUAUUACCCUGAGACGUUGCAUCGCCUCUUCGUUGUGAAUGCCAAUUCUGGAUUUCGGAUGCUGUGGCUUGCACUCAAGACCUUUCUUGAUGCUCGGACAUUAGCCAAAGUUCAGGUGCUAGGACCCAACUACCUUGGAGAGCUACUUGAAGCAAUAGAUCCAAGCAACUUACCAACAUUUCUUGGAGGAAACUGCACCUGUUCAGAUCGUGGAGGGUGUCUUUUCAGUGAUGAAGGACCCUGGAAUGAUCCAAACAUCGAGGCAAAGAUCCAGGAGACUUUCACAAUGGGAGAUGCUGAUUCUGAGGAACAUACUAUGGAUAAAGUCUCAGAAAAUGCUUCAACCAAUCAAAAAGAGAAUUCAGGCAAGAACAUGAUUACUUUGAAGAAGUAUGCUUCCCUGAGAGAUGCUGUUAAGGAAGCACAGAAGAGAAUUGAAAUGUUAGAGAUGUCACUUCAUGAAACAAAAAGGGCCAUGAAUGGACUUUCCGAGAUCAUUGAGACCAUUAAACCAAAUCAAACCGAAACAACCAAUAGCCAAAUGCAAACCGGUUUAGAUCGUAAGCCAAUAGUUAGGAAAAUGUCCGGUUUGAGCUGAAGGAAAUAUCACAUCACUGAUGAUGUCGUUUGUGUGUUACUAGGACGAUAAAUGCAAUCAUGUGUGGAGCCAAUCUGUCACACAUGCAACUGCACGUGUGAUUGAUUACUGAACUUCAGUUUGAUCCUCUUCCCGAUGUCAAAUGCUUCAUUGGCAGAACAAUAAAUAUUUUAUUUACAUUCAAGCCACUUUAUAGUAAAAAAAGGAUUGUGAUGAUUAUGGAUUA